CUAUUCAGGUCUAUAUCAUUGAUUAUUAGCUCAUUUUAUAGAACCACAUUUUCCUUUAUAUUAUGGUUCAAAUUAUCUAUAAGAUAAAAAAAAUAUCACAGAAAUCAAUUUUCAAAGCGGUUUAUAUGGAAAUAUUAAGAGUAAACUUACUUCAGAUCAAUGUUUGGAAUUGAUCAAUAAGACUUGGUCAGAGCUCCAACAUGGCGCAAAAUGGCGAUUGGUACGAAAAGCAAAGUUCACACCAAAAGAUGGACAGCUCAGCAGUCAUUGAUAUGGAAGUGAUGAGUGAUGAUGCGUCAGACUAUGAAGUCAAUCUUGAUGAUAGCCAUAGCAAACAGUCCCAUCAGCCAACAGCGUCAAAUCUCAUGACAGAUGCUAAGCAGGCAAUGGCUGCAAAUGUUGGUUCUUAUGUGUGGCAGACCGGGAGUCAGCAGGCUAGGAAAGCUUUCAGUAUCUAUGGCAACAUUGAUAUUCUGCGUCCAUACUUUGAUGUUGAGCCUCACCAAGUGCGCAGUCGACUGAUUCAUUCUCUCAUUCCAGCUUAUAGAACCACUCAAAAACUUCCUGGUGAGCUGUAUGGACCAACCAUGGUAGUAUUCACCCUGAUUGCUCUAUUGCUCUUCCAAAUGAAGUCCAGUGGACACACUGUGCAAGAGGGCACCUUGAUGGGAUCAGCAUUUGCAGUGUGCUUUGGUUACUGGUUUGGAGCAUCUUCAUUUGUAUGGUUUGUCAGCUAUGUGUGCAAUGCCAGGAUUACUAUGCUGCAGAUAUUCUCACUACUUGGUUAUGGCUUGUUUGGCCACUGUAUUGUUCUGUUCCUUGGUACAGUGUUCCACACAUCUCAUGACCACCUUGUUUUCUAUCUUCUCUGGGCUGUAUUUGGUGGUCUGUCAACUUUAAAAAUGAUAUCAGUAAUUGUUCCUAAGACCACUGGGAAGACUCAGAGAAUCAUCAUUUGCUCCGUAAUUGCAGUGCUCCAUCUUUUAUUCCUGCUCUACUUACAUUUCGCCUAUCAUCAAAUUGUAGAAGACCUAGAUUCUGUUCUUGAAGAAAAAUUAGCCAGAGUUCCCAUCCAGGAAUCAAUAGAGAAAGUAGAAGCAGAGAUAAAACCUGAUGCCAUACAAAAAGCAACAUUAAAAGCAGCUAAAAAAAUCUCAAACACAAUUGAGCACCAUUUGGACCGAGCAAAAGACAAGGCUAAUAAAGUGGUUGAAAAUGUUGUCCGAAGUGCAAUGAAAGAAAGUCCAGGGAACUCAACUUUGGUUAAGAAAGUGUUAAAAGAAGUAAAUGAGCAUGCGAAUGUAGGUGCUCACAAAGAUGUCAACCUAGGAAUUGUUCAUAAUGAAGCACAAAAUUCUCUCAAUGAAACUAAAGUCACUCACCAGUUAGAAGCAUAGCCUAAUGAUACCUAGUCAUCCAUUGUGAACUAACCAUACUGAUGUAAGUUGACUCUAAAUUGGAUAUUAUUAUAUUGUGGAGACAGACCACUCAUGUCCUGUGUAGUCAUCUGAGGUUAUACAGACUACUGUUGGAAAGUUAUACCUCACAAUAGCUGGCAGUUGGGACAAGAAACAUUUGACUCACAGAAUACUA